AUGCUCUUCUCAAAACCAUGCAUCCGUCUCUUAGCCACCGUAUUUCUGCUUUCCAUCUCAGACCACGCAUCAGCCCAGUCCCUCGGCUUCGACAGUCGUGAAGCCACAAUAGCCAGCGUCCACCACGCUCUAUUCACCGGCCUAUCAUCCUGCCGCGAGGUAGUCUCCUCCUUCCUCACCCGCAUCGAGACGCACAACCCGCGAAUCAACGCCAUCAUCGCCCUCAACCCCUCCGCCCUGGCCACCGCAGACGCGCUAGACCACGCCCUCUCCCUCGGCAACACCAGCACCGGCCCGCUCUUCUGCGUCCCCAUCCUCCUCAAAGACAACUUCGACCUCGCCGGCCUCCCCACGACGGGCGGCAACCUCGCCCUCUCGUCCCUCCACCCGUCGACGUCCGCCCCCACGGUCGCCGCGCUGCAGCGCGCCGGCGCCGUCGUGCUCGGCAAAGCCAACCUGCACGAGCUGGCGCUCGAGGGGCUCACGGCCAGCUCGCUGGGCGGGCAGACGCUCAACCCGUACGACGCGGCGCGCACGCCGGGCGGGUCGUCGGGCGGCAGCGGCGCGGCGGUCGCGGCGUCGUUUGCCGUCCUCGCGACGGGCACCGACACGGUCAACUCGCUGCGCAGCCCCGCGUCGGCGAACAACCUGUUCAGCGUGCGGCCGACCAGGGGGUUGCUGAGCCGCGGCGGGGUGGUGCCUAUCUCGUACACGCAGGAUGCGGUGGGCGUGAUGGCGCGGAGCCUGGAGGACGUGGCGGUUGCGUUGACGGCGAUGGCCGGGGUGGGGUAUGAUGAGGCGGAUAACGCGACGGCGUUGAUUCCGGAGGCGAGCGUGGGCGUUGAUUAUGCGGCGGAGCUGGCGGGGGCGUCGUCAAGUCUGGAGGGCGUGAGGUUGGGGCUUCUGGAGCCGUUUUUCAACCGCUCCGCGGGCCCGGAGACGGACCCCGUCAAUGAGGCUAUGGACACCGUCGUCGGGGAGCUGGCGGCUGCGGGCGCGACCAUCGUCCGCAUCAAUGACACGGAGCUGUUCAACGCGACGGGCAUGGCCGCGACGCUGGACACCCAGCGCUUCGAGUACCGCGAGUCCCUGGAAGCGUACCUGCAAAACUCCGACCACACUUCCUCUUCCCCCGCCUCCCCCUUCCCCCGUACCCUAGCCUCCCUCUACGCCACGAACAACACAUCGGGCUCGGGCACGGGGAACGGCUCCUUCCUCGUCAUCCCCGCGCAGUACGAAUACGUCACCACCGCCCUUCGCUCCAGCACCGCCAACGCCACCUACUCCGCCGUCCAAUCCGGCAUACGCAACCUCACCCUCGCCCUCGCGGCGACCAUGUCCGCGCACCGCGUCUCCGCCCUGCUCUACCCGGAGCAGCGCAACCUCGUCGUGCCGGUGGGCGCACCCAGCCAGAGCGGCCGGAACGGGAUACUCGCUGCGCUGACGGGAAGUCCGGUGGUUUGCGUGCCGAUUGGCUUCAGCGGUGGCGGUGGUGGCGAAGGGAGUGGUGAUGAGGACGCGUCGCUGGGCGUGCCGAUUGGGAUGGAGGUGUUGGGCCGGCCGUGGGAUGAGAGGACGUUGUUCGGGGUGGCGAAGGGGGUGAGGGAGGCGGUGGGGCCGAGGGCGAGGCGGAGGACGCCGGGGUGGGCGACGGGUUUUGUGGAGGGGAAGGUUUAUGAGAGUGUGCCGGUGAUGAGGCCGGAUAGGGGGAAUGUGCCGGACGCGUAUCCGUUGGGAGUAUUGUGA